CGGGCAGGCGUAACAGAAGGCGGGCGGAGAGCAGGGAUGGGGCGCUCAGCGGCGAUGGGGAGGCUGUGCGCAGAGGCGACCUGCGGUGGGCAGAGCAGCCGCCCCCGGCGCUCUGUAGAGGGCCGAGAGGGGUGGGCUUAGUCCCGGCGUGUGCUGUUCCUGGGCGGCCCGGCAGAGGGCGCAGCAGGCGGAGGCCGCGCUCUCUCUGCCGGCCCGGCCUGUGGUGGAGCAACGGCGGCCCGGGGCUCCUCAGACAUUGCGACCAUGGAGAUCGGCACCGAGAUCAGCCGCAAGAUCCGGGGCGCUAUAAAGGGAAAAUUGCAGGAGCUGGGGGCUUAUGUCGAUGAAGAGCUCCCUGAUUAUAUUAUGGUCAUGGUGGCCAACAAGAAGAGUCAGGAGCAGAUGACAGAGGACCUUUCCCUUUUCCUAGGAAACAACACUGUCAGGUUUACUGUAUGGCUACAUGGUGUGUUAGAUAAACUUCGGUCUGUAACUACUGAACCUACUAGCCUAAAGUCUUCAGACUCUAACAUCUUUGAGAGCAACUUGCCUUCCAGCAAAAGCAGUUCAUGUGGGAGUGAUGAGAGACGGCGUGAGGAAAUCCUACCGCCUCUUGCAGUCUCCAGCACUCGGGCUGAAAGAAAUGACUCCAGAGUUUCAACCAGCUCACAAGAGCAGAGAGCUGCUGCUGCCCGGCAGUCUUAUGAAGAUGGAUCUGCAUCCCGCUUAAUGUCAACAGUCAAGCCUUUAAGAGAGUUGGCGCCUUCUGAAGCUGUGAUUGACAUUAAACCUGAACCAGAUGAUCUCAUUGAUGAAGACUUAAAUUUUGUGCCGGAGAAUCCAUUGUUGCCUCGGAAGAAAGCUGUUAUAACUGUAACUUAUGGAUCUUCCCGUCCUACUGCUGAAAUCUACAGACCACCAGCUAGCAGAAGCACGGAGAGCCAUAUACACUUACAAAGAUUGCCGCAGCAAGGCAGCCUACAGGGUGGUAGGCAGUUAGACAUGGAAAGCUGCAGGUCUUUGGAAACAAUCCCGCUAUGUGAUCCAGAAGCAUUUGGCAGCUUAUCAGAAAGUUACAGGCCCACCUCCAAACUGAGCGCUGAUAAAAUAAGCAGUGAGGAAGAAAGUUCCAGGAAGAGAAAAUUGCCAGUUAUAAGCUCAGUGGUCAAAGUGAAAAAGUUCAAUAAUGAUGGGGAGGAGGAGGAGGAGGAAGAGGAGGAAGACUAUGGGUUACGAAUAGGAAGUAUCUCCAGCAGUGUGUCUGUACCAGCAAAGCCUGAAAGAAGACCUUCACUACCACCAUCCAAACAGGCCAAUAAGAAUUUAAUAUUGAAAGCUAUAUCUGAAGCUCAGGAAUCGGUUACAAAGACAACCAACUAUUCCACAGUUCCACAGAAGCAGACCGUUCCAGUUGCACCCAGAACAAGAAUUGCUCAGGAUGAACCUCUGUUAGAAGUGAUCCAUGUACAGAGCCGACCUUCCAGAGUGAGUGCCCAGAUUGAGGCAGAAGAACCCAAGGAACAGACGACAGAAAGAAUUCAAGGAACUCAACAAACACAGCUCUUUUCCCGACUCCAGAUUGAACCGUUAAUUGAAGAAACUUUGCAAAUGACUCAAGAUUAUUAUGACGUGGAGUCUGUGGUCCACACUGAUACUAGAUCAUUUAUUCUGAAAAAGCCAAAGCUAUCUGAGGAAAUAGUAGUGCCACAGAACCAGGAAUUGGGGAAGAAGGCUGCGGAGGCAAUGCGGGCACUUUCAGGACGUCUUAUACAGACAAGAGAGCAGCUUGCACAAUCAGAAAAGCCUGCUAGCCCUAAGUUCAUUGUGACACUGGAUGGUGUCCCCAGCCCACCAGGGUACAUAUCUGAUCAAGAAGAGGAGGAGAUCUGUAUAACUGAAGGAGUGAAGCCAGUUACCCAAAAUGUAGCUGCAAACAAAGGAUUAAAAAGCUUUCAAGCACAGCAGAUGCAGGUUAUAAGCAGGCAGCUGGAGAGCCCUUAUGUGGAGAUGGAGGAAUUGACUGUGCCGCAGAAACAAGAGAAAGUGCUUGAGCGUUGCAAGUACUGGCCUGCCUGUAAAAAUGGAGAUGAAUGUGCGUACCACCACCCCACAUUACCAUGCAAAGUCUUUCCCAGUUGCAAAUUUGCUGAUAAAUGCCUGUUUAUCCACCCAAACUGUAAAUACGAUGCAAAGUGUACUAAGCCAGACUGCCCUUACACUCAUGCCAGCCGACGAAUCCCAUUGCCACCUCCCAAACCAGCACCACUACAGGCACCACCGGCAACCUCCAGCAGUCAGCUCUGCAGAUUUUUCCCUGCUUGUAAGAAAAUGGAAUGUCCAUUUUAUCAUCCAAAACACUGUAGAUUUAACACCCAGUGUACAAGACCAGACUGUCCAUUCUACCAUCCCACUAUUGCUGUACCUCCACGUCAUGCCUUGAAAUGGACUCGAACUCAAACCAGUGAAUAAUUAUCAUACAAUUUGUGGAUGAAAGUUGCUGCCUUUGGACACUGAUGGAGAGGAAAUCCUGAUACUACAAAACCUUUCAUCACACCUUUGGAAGUUUGAAUAUAUAUAGUUUUCAUAAAAUGAAAUUGAUUGCAUACUUGAAAUGUCUCUAAUUUUCCAAAUUUGUAAGUUUAAUAGCUGAUUUUACUUUUUUUUUUAAACUCUGUGAAAAGAACAUCUGUGGAGGGAAAGAAUUUUACUUUAAAUUCCAUUAAAAAUUUUAAGACCUGGUUUGUA